AUGAACAAAGACGCGACGCACACCCACGUCCACCUGCACCGCGCGGGCGACGCCGACCUCUUCGAGGACUUCUGCAAGGACCGCCUGCCCGACGACGAGGUCUACGUGCCGGCGCACCUGCAGCCCGUCAACCCGGAGGACGAGGACGACGUGGUGCCCGACCAGCACGCGGCGUUUGGCAUCACAAAGGCGACGCAGGCCAAGAAGGAGGCGACGUGGAAGGACCUCGGACUGGGCGCGCUCAUGGCGCAGGGACCCAGAAGCGGCGAGAGGAAGAGGAAGAUGCCGCGGUGA